AUGACGCAACCCAUGGUUGUCGAAGAUCCUGAUCACGGUGUUGGGCUCAAGCAAAUGAAAGAGAUGCCAACCCUGUCCGCCGAAGAAAUACCUCCCACAACUUUCCACUCAUUCCCGAACCUCGCAACAGAACUUCGACUCAAGAUCUGGAAGGCAGCUUGUUUCCCUUACGCAGCCACCAAACGCGGCCUCCACUACAUCAAUCUAGAAUCCAUUGGGGGCAACGAGAUAUCUGGGGAAUUGAUCACGCAGAUGACCGCAAUGGAGAUGAAGGCACUUCAUCCCGAUUUCCAGACCUCGUCAAAUCUCCAGGGGGUUGUCGGACGCGCAAAUAGAUCUGCCUAUAUGUGGGACGCUGGUCUUUGGAAAGCUUGCAGAGAGUCAAGGGAGUUCAUCUCCAGGCAUUUCAAACUAAACAUUUGGGGGUAUAUUCAAGAAAAAGACCUCGACCUCCUCGACUUGGAUGAGUGCCUCAGUAAGGCUUGCCAACUAUACCCCUGGAAGCCGCGGUAUGAAGAAUUGGAGGAGCGACCAGGUCUUGAAAGCUCAGCCCGUAAGCCUGAGCCUUUUCUUCCUACCUGCCUUUUUUCUCGCAACCAAGAGCAUGCAGAGCGCUUUAUGGUCAUGCCAAACCGAGACCUAUUUUGCAUCAAGAGUCUCGACAGAGGGGAUUUACCAGUCACUAUGCAGGCUCCUCGACUUCAUGUUCCCUGUCCCAAUAGCCAGGAAAUCGUCCUACUGCACUCGUUCAAUCUUGUCCUUGAGUUCAACACCAGUUGGCUUGAUGCUUUCCCUAAGAGCUGGAACAAACUCAAGGAGGAAGAGUCAUCGCGAGGCCUGUUUGCGACUUGGGCUGAAGGUUGCAUGAGGGGCCGUGGCAAUGCGCCGUAUAUCUAUCUUCUCAACAAGGCUGCUCGUUGGGGGCCACAUUGGUGGGUGAAAGACGACAUGACUAGUCUUUCAUGA